AUUAAAACAAAGAUUUUUCCGCUAAAAGAUAUGUCUAAGAUGUGUUUGAGAUAUAAAAAAGGUAGGUUGAAACUGAUUGGAUAUUCAGCUUUGGCUCCUCAAUGUUUUUAGAAAGUCCGUCUCACGCAUUUAUAUUACCUUGAAAAAUACCCUCGUCUGAAAUAACUGAAACUCGGAUUUGUUUAACUCUGACUCUCUGAGAUAAAGUUAGGGGGAUAAAAUGAAAUUUUGGGUUGAGGUGCACAUCUACCAUGGUUACUUUUAAUUCGAUCAAAAAGGCUCACUUUGUAUCGUCCCUGAUAAAAAAACCGCUCUUCAUAACCUAAAUAAGCAAAGGCCCAAAGAGUUUCCGAUGCAAAAAAUGCUGGAGGCUUUAUUUAACAAAUUUAUAUAUUUGCCAAGUGAAGGAAAAUUGUGGUGGGUAUUUACCGAGCUUCAAGUUAAUUUGUCACCUCAUUUAUUUACUAAUUUUAACUGGUUAUUUUAUUCUAACUAGUUAGAACAAUAGUUACAAUUUUAUCACUGGCGAUUUUUUUUUUCGGGGGUGGGGGUGGGGUAAUAAAUAUGAUUUACAAAAUAGUUUUUAGAACAAGUUAAAUUCUCUCCUGAGUUAAAGAUUCAAGACUUGGUAUUUCAUUAAGUGAAAACACAAUCUUGUUGUUGUAAAAUUGCUUGGGUCAGAAAAAAAGGCCUCUGUAUGCAGAUUGAAAUGUUUGCAUUAUUGUCAAUGUAAGGAUGUUUCCUUUUUUACCUUACUAUCUAACAAGUUUGAUAUUUUUCUUUCAGAGGACAAUUAUGAAUGAUCCUUUGAAACUACUGCCAGUUGAUGUCACCAAAAUUCGAGCUCAAGAUGUGGUUGUGGUGGCAGCAGUGCUUGUGGCCUUGUUUCUUUUCAGAGCUCCAAAUGUGUGGGAGUUAAAGCCCUCUUGGCAACUGGACGAUAUCUUGCACAGUGAUCACCACACAACAAGAAACAAGUUGUAUGUUUGGUUAUCAGAUUUUUUCAUGAAGCUGCUCUGACAAGCUCACUGUCAUUUGAAUAAUUCAGUAAAAAUUCAAGUUCAUUCAUUUAAAUUUAUUACCUAUUUAACCCUUUACACCCUAAAAUCAGUGUACAUAUUCUCCAUACUGUUCUCUAUACAUUUACCCAAGGUGCUGACAAGGAGAAUUUGUAUACCAAUCAAAAGAUUCUUUUCCUGUUGAUCAUUUCCUUUAUUCUCAUGACCUUAACAUGUGAUUCAGGGGUGAUAUUAUAGGGAGGAAUUUGAUGCUAGUGAAGGGUUAGCAUUAGAGAUGUCUUUUUUUGUCCUCCCUUCUUCUUCCUUUUCCUUUGCUAGUGGCAAGGAGAAUUUGUGUAAUAGUCAAAGUGCAUUUGGUGGAAAGUAUAACUGUAAAGAAAAAUUUGACUGUGGUUACUUUGGGUUUAAAGAGUUUUAAUGAUCCAUUGUGUUUCUUAAAACCACAUGUUCUAAUUUGCCAGAAUAUGACCAAAAUGUAGAUGAAUCAAAGCAACAAAGGAUACACCCAAAAGUGUUCUUUGAAUUCUGGAGACCUUGAUGAGAAGAAAUUUUAUCAUAUACACUAGGCAAACUUUUUUCAGAGAGCUGAAUGAAAUUACCAAUUUUCCAAGCAAGACUGGGUGAAAAGGGUUCCAGUUUGCAAUUAAGUGAAUUUAAUUCUUAGACAGAGUUAAUUUUAUUUAGUUACUUAUGAUUACAUGAUGUCACUCUCUUUAGACCUCUUCCUAUUAUCUCAGACCUGGAUAGUGAUGGAAUUAAUGGUAAUCAUUCAUAAGAUACUGGUACAUGACCUUUAAUUAUAGAUUAAGUAUGGAGAUUUACAAACUAAACUUGAAGGCCUGGUAGAAAGUAUGGAGUUUAAAAGUAAGACUUACAAAAUGGGGAGGAAGUCUGUAGUGUGCAUGUCUGUUAAGUUUUGUUUAGUUUAGUUUGUUUAUGAGUAUUGGUGUUGUUGUUGUUACAAGUUGUUCCAAGCUUGCUACUGGUGUCUAUUAAACUACUGAGAUUUAUGAGCAACUUAAAAGUACCCUAAAAUUUGUCAAAAUGAUUUAUUAGUGCAAUCAGUAAAAUGUCCAGUCAUGGGGCAAAUCCUAAGAACUUCAAGAGGGAUAACAUGGUUGCUAUUGGGCUAUCACAUUUCUCUUGGUUACUUACUAGGAAAUAUGUGAUCAUUUUACAAUGACUGAGAUACUGCAAGCACCCUAAUUGCCCACUAACAAUGUUUUUAAUCACUCACCUCUGGCUCAUGACUUACAAAAAUUUUUCAUGUUCUUCUAACAUCCCACGCGCCCAUAAAUCGAUAGAACUUGCAGUUUAUUGAUGAGUAAUUAAGUUUUCUCUGGUAUUCAUAACAGAACUUAUUAUUGUAACUGAUGAUUCAAGACUUAAAGUUAUGAUGCUGCCUCCACAAGAGGAGCAUGAUCUAUCAUCCACCCUUCCUCAUCUUCAUAUGAAGGUAACAGAAUGUCUGGGAAGAGAAAUUGAUUCCAUGUAACCAUGUUGCUGUUCAUUUUAUUCACUUCAAAAUGAUGUAUUUGGGUUUGUGUUUUCUUUGUUUCAGAUCUAAAAUAAUUUACUGUAUUUCCAUGAUCCCUAACAGAGAAACUAAUUUAUCCAUUUUGGCCUAAAACCAAUUAUUGCAAUUGAAAAUUAAAUAUUUGGAAUAGUGACACCUUUUGUAUGUUUAACAAAUUGUGGUUGAAUGAUUUUUGCCUUUGAGUCAAUUACUGAAUUUUUUUGGCCAGGCAGAAGUGGUCCUUGAAACUACCAGUAAUUCAUCCAAGCCUGGAUUUCCUGUAGCACUUGGAACAGGAUGUGAAGGAAAAAGCAUUUCUUUGCUCAAUGUCUGUCGCCAGGUGAAGUGCCAUUCUAUGUAUCUUUUUUAUUAUUUAACCCUUUAACCCCUAAGAGUGACUCACAUCUUAUUUCUCCCUACAAUAUCACUCCUGAGUCACACUUUAAGGUCAUGAGAAUAAAGGAAAUGAUCAACAGCUAAAGAAGCUCUUGAUUGUUAAACGAAUUCUCCUUUUCAGCAACUUAGAAAACAUGUAGAGAACAGUAUGGAGAAUAUGCUUGCUGAUGUUAAAGUGUAAAGGGUUAAGCUUCUUUUAUUAAUUAAAAUGAAUAACCAAGAAAUGAAUGGAAAAACAAGUAAACACAAAAUAAAUGAAUAAAUUUAUCUACAGAUGAAUAGAAAAGGUCAUUUCAGUUGACCACUCCUCCAUCAGAGUGAAAGAUUAAGGGCUACGGAUUGAAAUUUCAGCUUUAGGAACUCUCUAUGGUGGCUAAUUUGUGUUGAUAAAACCAAAUCAGAUGUAUCUUAUAAUUUCCCCCCCUCCUGCUCUCCACAUACCCAGUGCCACAGUUUCUUUAGAAACUUACUCCCUUAACUCAUUUGGGAAAAACAAGAUUACUUGGUUUUAUCAACUGAGUUGAUAAUGUAAUUAUUGGCCACUGUAAAUAAUUUCUAAACUGAAGUUUUGAACUUCAGAAAAAGUGGAAAAAAUAGCCUGUCCAAAGAUCAGUCAGAGGAAAUGAAAGGGAUGGCUGGCAGCAAAUGGUGGUUGUGGUUGUCAGGGCAAUGAUCUACAAUAUCCUAACCUCUCAGAGGUGUUGAAUUGGCUAGAUUGAAUAGUCUAAUGUGAAGUGAAUUUUCUUGUUUGUAUCUAUUUGCAGGUGAUAGUUGUAGUAACAGAUGAUGGAGAGGUGCAUUGUUACACAGAUCAGCUGGAGCUAAUGUGGAGGACUCGGGUUUUCACAGAUCAUGAAACAUCAGGCUCACUAAAUUUUAAGUGAGUUGGCUAUUUUGUUGUAAUUUUGUUCUAUUUGUGACUAAAUCGGAAUUCUUUUGUAGAUGUUGGAAAGGACGAGUGGUAAAUUUUUUUCUGUCAUUUCUUUUCUUUAUUUAAAAAGUGUUUUACUUGGAUUCUUUUUGAAGUUGGCAAUGAUUCUGCUUUUCCAUCAAAAGUCAUCCCUUGAAAUUAAUUUUUGUUUGUUGCUUUGACUUAUAGUUCUUUUUAAAGCACUUUAUUUUUAUGGCCUUUUUUUAAUUGCAGGGAAAUUGCUGUACUUGUUACACCUCAGUCUGGCUUAGUUUUGAUCGGAGGGAUGACUGCUAAAGAAGAACAAAUGCAACACAAUUUAAAGUAAUGAUUUCCCCUUUGAUUCUGUUCCAUCUCUUACAUUUCUGACUAAUGCAGUGUUAGAUCGAGGGGGGAGGCCCUAGGUCCAACUUUUACCUCUCCCUAAUAUCAUCAGUUAUUGAAUCGUUAUUGCUCCGCCCCUACCCCCCUUCCCCACCACUCUUUAGGAACAGACCUAACCAGUCAUUCUUGAAACUGUGGGUUCCUAAAUUUAGAGGAAGCGAUUUUGAUAAGAAAUAGAGCGAAGUAGAAAGAUGACCAGAUACUUUUCCUUUAUCGUAAGCGUCUUUAGUUUUUAAAGUACUAUAACGGGCUCCGUUCACGUGUGGUUUCUAAGUUUGUAUGUGCUGGCUGUAAUGCCUGUUACGUCGGUGAAACCUGCCAGCAUUUUUCCAGACGUGUUAGAGAGCACUUAGUCAUUGACAGGGCCUCUCACAUUUUCAAGCAUCUGAAAGAUUCUGCACACUGUAGCGCUUUGUGUUCAGAAGAUAACUUCCAUGUUUUAGAUCACGCCUCUACCGGUUUUCAACUCAAGAUAAAAGAGGCUAUUCAUAUUCAAAGAGAACAACCAUCUUUGAAUCAACAAUUACACCAUGUAAAUCUAAAACUAUCCUUUUAAUUCUCACACUUUCAUGCUUUACCUCUUUUCUUGUUGUCACUAUUUAUCAUAAUUAGCAUUGUUCUACUUACUAUAUAAUUCAACUUCCAACGCUUUGUACAUUAAUUAACUGAAGAUAACAGAAGUUUCUGUCGAAACAUGUUUUACAGACUUAAAAGUUUUAUCUUUCUUUAAAUACUAUUUCUUUUGCAUUAAAGAAAUGAAAAAUGAAAUAUUUUACACUGCAUUUUCAGACAUGACCAUCAACAUAACUUUUCCGCCAGUUUUAGUGCUGAGGAGAUAGCAAAGCAACCUCCAAGACGCUCGCGCAAUACUAAGAAGGUACUUUCUUCCAUACUACAUCAGAUUUAAUUUGAAACUGCGGUCGUUUUUCCUUUGGAAUAUUCCUCAUUCCGUGUAAACUGUCCACCUUCAACGGAGGUUUUCGAAAACGCUACACCUUUGCAAGAGCCAUUUGUUAGUGUUUCAUUUACAAUGAAAGAUAGCAGCGUAAGAUAGUUAACUUUCGACAAUAGUGCGAGUUCAUUUCAUGUGUCCUUCUAUUGUCAGGCAACCGAAGAAAAGGAACAUUUUUCGACAUACGCUCUGAACGCGAAAACAGGAAGGACCCACUGGAAACAUGAACCAGGCGACUAUGAAGCCAAGAAAAUGGACAGAGAGGUAUCGUUGUUAUUUAUAUCAGUAUACUACACUUCAUCAAACUCAGCGUUCUGCGUUUAGUUGUGCAUGGUGUAGAAGCUUUUAGGAACGAAAUAGCGACCUUUUCGAGCGACUGUCGUUGAACCAAGCCAAAUAGAAUGAUUUUCUAUGUCAAGCUUUAUUGGGCAAGAUCAAAAAUGAAAAUAUACAAACAUAAAGAAUCAAAGCCCAAAAGGGAUGAGCACGAACGGGACACUCAGACCCAUGCGGGGUGCCUACCCAAGGGAAAUAUAAGUGUAUAUUAUAUUUUCAAUUCUGUGGUAAAAGUAGUUCAUGUUCAUACAGAUCCAAAACUGACACCAACCGCACCUGGUUCAUGUUUCGUGUUUUCUCAUGAUUCAGGCACUUUGCUCGUUUUUACUUGAUCGAGUUUUCAUCGGAUCUUAGCGGUUUUUCUUAGUGUAUGAGUAUGUAAGUAGGAGACUUUAUUUUUAAAGGCUUACGUGUAAUACUGACAAUUGCUGCCAAACCUGCGGCGCUUGUGGUUAGCUUUUCUAAUUGCUUUUAGUUUUUAUUUACGACACUCGAUCGAAAAGCGCUUUCAUCACACACCUUGUCUUAACAAAACAAACAAUCUAUCCAUUAGGAGUCGAUCUAACGCGUCCACCUUGCCUGAAAUUCCCUGAUAUCUUUUUUUCUCUGAAGGAUAUUCUGUCGGCUUACCAUUUCAAGCUGGCUCUUCAUUCCAGUCAGUACCACGCGGGUGAAAUUCACUGGAGUCAAUACACCGAGUCACUGAUCUCUUCACUACCAUACAGAUGGCAACAUCCCGCUGAUACCAGCUUACAAACAGCUCACUUCGUGAAAAGGCAACCCUCGACACUCGCAACUCAAGGGAAAGAACUUAAAACAGGACCUGUGGUAGAAUCGAAAGCAAUGAAGCCAAACGCAGUUGUUAUAAAACGACAAAAGGCCAUUGAGGUGUUAAACAUGGAGUCUGGUCAACCUUUGUGUUCUUACGCUUUACCUAUGAGAACCACAAGUGUUGGUGAUUUGAACGGCGACAAUGUCAUAGAUCACGUGACGACGUACUUUGCCUCGGAGCGGAUAGACCAAUCAGGAAUGAUCAAUCCUUGCUCGGGUGUUGCAGUUUCCGGGUCGAAAUCUUUAUUCAGUAGGUCUAUCUGCCGUACCCCUUCAACGUUCGGUAGUUUCUUUGGCUCGUUCUCCGAGGAAGAUUUACGCGAGGAGAACGUGCUGGUUUCUCCGUUGCUUGUGCCAAGUCCACCUUACCAAAGAGGGAUUUUCAGCCAUCUAUCAGGAGAGGCUUUCAAGCGAGAUAGCAUCAGGAGCUUGGACAGUAUUUUUGUUAUUUCUUCUGGAAGACUAACAAGUUUGGGACCGUUUGGUGAAUUGAAUUGGCAGGUAGAUUGAAAGCUGGUAUUUAUAAAAGGAGCGUGAUUAAUAUCAGAGAUCACCUUUACAGCGAGGGCAGCACGGACCUGUGGCUGCCAUGCCGUCCGUGUCUGAAUUUUAAAAGCAUCAUCAAAAGUACAACGCCAACAACGUAAUGACCAAAUUGAGACUUCCAAUUCAUGCUGUUGUUCGGGAAAGCUAACAGGACUCGUGGUUUGAUCUGUUUGAAAGAGUAGAUGUAGUGAAGUAAAUUGCCGAUCACUUUAAGGAAAACUUGAGACGCGUUUUAAUAACUUUAGACUCUCAUUACAAUUUCAGUUUCAGAUUGUGCUUGUUAUUUCGCUAAGGCCCGCGGAGAAUAGAUGGAAAUAUAGCGUAUGCAGUUUGUUUCAUAGGCACUUGUCACUGUCGAAGAAUUAUCUAUCAGCGCGUGAAGCCUCCACAGCGCAUCACACGUGCACCCCACCUGCUCUGAACACAGCAUUUUUCUUGUCCUUGACAGGUAGACACGGUAACCUCAUGGACGAACUACAAUCCGCCUAAUGACAAAAGUGCAGACGCAGUUCUUGUACCUAACAUUCAAGCUGUUUCUACUGCGGUAGGGGCACAAAAGGUAUGCUCAUUAUACUUAUUUUUGGCCAUUUAAUCGUGGUCACGGAUCUCGUAUAUCAGACACAAAAUCGGACGUUUAGUGGCAGGUGCGGUGACUGUAUGGAUAGCGCGCUUAUUUUCGAGUCGAGAGAUCCAGAUUUUAGCCCCAACUGGGUCAAUGUGUACAGUCGUGUUCUUAGGCACGCUACUUUACUCUCACAGUGCCUAUCUCCAACCAGGAGUAUAAAUGGGUGGCGGCGAAUAGUGAAGGAAGCCUGACAAAAUCCUAAGGAGGGAUAAGGUCACCUGCGGUGGAGUAGCAUUCCAUUUUGCAAGAAUAGAAAUCCUCCUGAUUACUUUUUGGCAUAAACACAGGAGUUAUUUCGUUUGUUUGUUUGUCCUUUGCAGGACGCUGUCCUGGUAACAGGCUUGAGAGACUUCGCACUAGUGUCUCUCAAAGAUGGCUCGCUGAUGGCCUCUCACUCGAUACCCUGCGAACCGGUGUCUCCUGUUGUGCACGGAGAUUUUACAAAUGACGGUCUAAUGGACUUUAUUGUAUGCUGUAAAACUAGGUGAGCUGUCGGCGCGGCGUCGGGCAGUGUUUGUAAAUCCUUAAUUCCCUGCAGUGAUAAGUGUAUAAUUUCGUUUGACACUUUUUUCGAUAUAAGACCUCUAACCGCUGUCCGUUUAGCCCGCGAGUAGGCUCUUGUGUUCGGUUUCCUCCUAUAGCCCCUUUACCGAGCACAGCCUGGGGCACAGCCGCCUAUUACACCAUCGGUGGCCACUUAUGGGAAAAACUUUCUAGACCCCUGCAAGUGACAAUGUCUUCUCAUAGCCCCAAAUUCUCCGGAUUAAGCUUCAAAUAACUGAGUGAUCGUAACUUGGGAGAGCUAGCCUAUUAUCUAUUAUAUGAAGAGAUAAGUCACUACAAUGAGAUUGUAUCUAAUAUAUUCUCGUCAACCCUUUGACUGCUAAGAGUGAUUAGCAGUUCAUCUCCCCUUACAGUAUCACCCCUUAAUCACAAAUUAAGGUCACGAGAAUAAACGAAAUGGUUACAAACUAAAUAAGUUUUCGAUUGUUAAUCAAAUUCUCCUCGUCAGCACCUUAGGAAAUGUCUAGAGAACAGUAUGGAGAAUAUGCAUACUGAUAUUAGGGUGUACAGCGUUGAUUGAUAGGGGGAGUCGCUUUUUGAUGAGGGAGUCAGUUCCCAGGCCUGUCUCGCUGAAUUCCCAGUCUUCAGGUCUCAAAGCUUCAUUCAUCCUUUCCAGCAGCCACCUCCUUGAGUAUAGAGGGAGUUAUUAGCGAUUACGGGCGAGUAUUACUCACCCAUCUCGUGGUGUCAGCUAUAGCUUGAGACAAAAUUCAAAAGGCCCGUUUACAGUUUACUUCAUGUGCAACUAACACUGAAACUUCUUUUCAGCUUUAUCGGCUUUUCACUGGACAGUAGACCAGGGUACUGGUGGACGGUAGUCUGGAUCGCGUGUGGUCUGGGGGCUAUUGGAAUGGCAGUAAUUAUACUUCGCUUCAUAGAGGAAGUGAUAGUGUGA